GAGGGCUCCACACCCAGGAUGGAGCUUGAACUCACAACCCUGAGAUUAAGAGUCCCAUGCUCUACUGACUGAAUUAGCGAGGUGCCCCUUUCAUUUUUUUCUCUUAAAGAUACAAUAGAGGGAAUUGGAGAAGGAACUAAUUUGGGAGAGGGGAUAGUGGAAUGGCCAUAGGUGGUGAAGGCAGAUGUUCACAGGCAGUGUGGCAGGUGACACCUGGCUGGGUGACAGUGCUGUGGCUACAGUGCUUAGCUAAGGCCCAGAGUGCAGUUGCAGGACUGGCUCCCCCUGACUCAGAAUGCACGGCCAAAGUGUGUUUAAGCUGACAGCCGCAGCGGUGAGGUCUGGUGUGGUGGUCAGGAUGGCGGAGGAGCAGGAGUUCACCCAGCUGUGCAAGUUGCCUGUGCAGCCCUCACACCCACAUUGUGUCAACAACACCUACCGGAGUGCACAGCACUCCCAGGCCUUGCUCCGGGGGCUGCUGGCUCUCCGGGACAGUGGCAUCCUCUUUGAUGUUGUCCUGGUGGUGGAGGGGAGACACAUUGAGGCCCAUCGAAUCCUGCUGGCUGCGUCCUGUGAUUACUUCAGAGGAAUGUUUGCUGGGGGAUUGAAGGAGAUGGAGCAGGAAGAGGUCCUGAUCCACGGCGUGUCCUACAAUGCCAUGUGCCAAAUUCUGCAUUUCAUUUAUACCUCUGAGUUGGAGCUCAGCCUCAGCAAUGUCCAGGAGACGCUGGUCGCCGCCUGCCAGCUGCAGAGGAGGAAACCGAGGCUCAGAGCAGUUAAGAACGUGCCACAGACCUCUUCCAAGCCUGGAUUUAAACCCUAUCAGUCUGCAAUUCCAGAAAUCAUCCAUUUCUGCUGUGAUUUCCUCAUGUCCUGGGUGGAUGAAGAGAACAUCCUUGAUGUCUACCGGCUGGCGGAGCUGUUUGACUUGAGCCGUCUGACCGAGCAGCUGGACACCUACAUCCUCAAAAACUUCGUGGCCUUCUCUCGGACUGACAAGUACCGCCAGCUUCCCCUGGAGAAGGUCUAUUCCCUCCUCAGCAGCAACCGUCUGGAGGUCUCCUGUGAGACCGAGGUUUACGAGGGCGCCCUGCUCUACCAUUACACCCUGGAGCAGGUGCAGGCCGACCAGAUCUCACUGCACGAGCCCCCCAAGCUCCUCGAGACAGUGCGUUUUCCCCUGAUGGAAGCUGAGGUCCUCCAGCGGCUGCACGAUAAGCUGGACCCCAGCCCGCUGAGGGACACGGUGGCCAACGCCCUCAUGUACCACCGCAACGAGAGCCUGCAGCCCAGCUUGCAGGGCCCUCACACAGAGCUGCGGUCGGACUUCCAGUGCGUCGUGGGCUUUGGGGGCAUUCACUCCACACCGUCCACUGUCCUCAGUGACCAGGCCAAGUACCUGAACCCCCUACUGGGAGAGUGGAAGCACUUCACCGCCUCCCUGGCCCCCCGCAUGUCCAACCAGGGCAUCGCGGUGCUCAACAACUUUGUGUACCUGAUCGGAGGGGACAACAAUGUCCAGGGCUUCCGCGCCGAGUCCCGGUGCUGGAGGUAUGACCCGAGGCACAACCGCUGGUUCCAGAUCCAGUCACUGCAGCAGGAGCACGCCGACCUGUGUGUGUGUGUUGUGGGCAGGUACAUCUAUGCGGUGGCGGGCCGAGACUACCAUAAUGACCUGAAUGCUGUGGAGCGUUACGAUCCCACCACCAACUCCUGGGCUUACGUGGCUCCGCUCAAGAGGGAGGUGUAUGCCCAUGCGGGCGCCACGCUGGAGGGGAAGAUGUACGUUACCUGUGGUCGCAGAGGAGAGGACUACCUGAAGGAGACGCACUGCUAUGACCCCGACAGCAACACCUGGCACAGCCUGGCUGAUGGGCCCGUGCGGCGGGCCUGGCACGGCAUGGCCACGCUCCUGGACAAGUUGUACGUGAUCGGGGGCAGCAACAAUGACGCUGGCUACAGGAGAGAUGUGCACCAGGUGAGAGCUCUGUUUCUCAAAAUGUGGUCCCAGACCAGCAGCAUCCGCAUCACUGGGAACUUGUUAGAAAUGCAGGUUCUCAGGCCCCAGCCCAGACCCACUGACUUGGAAGGUCCAGGGGCGGGGCACGGCGGUGUGUCUUAACAGGCCCCAAGUGGAGAGAACCCCUGGGCCCUCCUGGAUCAGUUUCCUAUGGCUGCCAUGACAAAUCAUCACCAACUUACUAACUUGACACAAUGUAAGUGUAUUCUUCCAGUUUGUACGUCCUAAGUCUGAUGUGGUCUCACUGGCUAAAAUCCAGAUGUCCUUUUUGGGGCAUUAGGGGAGAAUCUGGCUCCUUGCUCACUCAGGUUAUCAGUUCACUUCCCUGCGUGUGUAGAACUAAGGUCCCUGUUUCUUUGCUGGCUGUCGGCUAAAGGCCCUUCUUGGCUUCUCGAGGCCUGUGCAUUCCCUGGCCUGGGGCCGCUUUGUCCUCAGCCAGCAACGGCAGGUUGUCCUUCUGACUUCUCUUCUCUCCUGGUAGACUUUCCCCUCUGCUUUCAAGGACUCGUGCAAUUAGACGGGCUGCCCGGCGAGUCCAGGAUAACCUCCCCACCUCGAGGUCCAUACCCUGAAGCAUGUCUGCAGAGUUCCUUUUGCCACAUAAAGUAACACAAGUUUUAGAGAUUUAGGACACGGACUUCUUUAGAGGUCAUUUUUCUGCCUACCACAGAGGGAGAACCAAAGGUGGUUAUUAAGUCAAAAAGAUAAGAUUUUUGUGGCUCUUAAUACGUAUUGUCAGACAGCUUUCCCAGAGUGUCAGACCAGCGCAGAGACGAACAGCUUCAUUGCGCGUCUAUCAGCACUGGGCCUUGUGAUUUUUCUUACCCCAGCAGCAGCUAGUUGUCAGGGACACAUUUAACUCCUGUUUUCCAUUUCUUGAUUACGAGUAAGUGAAACAUUUUCCCACGUGUUUGUUUACCGUUUGGGGGAAUUUUGGAGACCUGAGACCGUUGAUGGUCAGCAGGCUAUUUCCACAUUUUAUCUGUACUUCCCCCUGGAGUUGGUGCUGUGAGGGAGUUAGCUGGGGCCCAUGUUUUUGGUCAGUUUCAGUCUUGUGGAGGGGAGAGAACCCCAGACCUUAGAGAAGAACAGCGUGCCCAUGGGGAGGUGCCACACACCUGGGUCCGCAGGCUGGCUGAGGGCCCUGGAGGCAGGACAGAGCGUCAGCCUGGCCCAUGGACAGGACAUCUUGACGCUGGCCCCAGACUCUUCCUCCAGGGGGGCCUGGCUGUAUCCCUCAGCCUUGGUCUGAAUCCAGGAUCUGGCCGAGAGUGCUGCCCUGCCCGGCUGGCCCAGGGCAGCCUGGCAGCCCUGUCCUGGCAGGUGCCCAGCUUUACUCUGACCUUGGCUUUGCAGGUGGCUUGCUACAGCUGCACGUCUGGGCAGUGGUCAUCCGUUUGCCCGCUCCCAGCCGGGCACGGUGAGCCUGGCAUUGCUGUGCUGGACACCAGGAUCUACGUGCUGGGUGGCCGCUCGCACAACCGAGGCAGCCGCACGGG